AUGUCUGAGUUUACCAAAGAUUUGAGAAUUGAAGGAAGAUUUACUGGUUUUGACGAUUACAUGAACAUAGUGUUGGAUGAAGCUGAGGAAGUGAGAAUCAAGAAGAACACAGGGAAACCACUUGGAAGGAUUCUACUUGAAGGAGACAACAUAACUCUGAUGAUGAACACGUAA